AUGAAUGCUGUGAUGACUUUUAAUAAUGUUCAAAAUAUGUUUAAUAAAGAUCAAAUCAAUAAUAAUACAAUAAUCUUACCAUUACCAAAAUUAACUAGUCCUUCAUCAAAUCAACAGACACCUACUCAGCAACAACAACAUCCUCAACCUAUACAUCCUCAACAUCCUCAUAAUUCAUUAUGGGAUUAUAAAUUUGGUUCAACUUCAAUCCCAAAUACAAGAAUAAAUUCUCCUUCAACUUCUCCAAGUAUAGAAUCUGGUAUUUUAUCAACUUCAUCAUCAACAAUUCAAAUUCCAACAAGUUCAUAUACUUUACAUACUCCAAUACCUCAUCAACCUGCAUUAUUAUUACCUUCAAUUAAUACAUUAUCAAAUCAAUCAUCAUCAACUUUUUCCCCAAUUGAAGAACAUUAUUCAUUACCUUUACAAACAAGAUUAAAUUCACCAACAUCAAGAUCACAAUCAUUACCAAUAAAUCAUCAUUCAUCAAUAACCAACACCUCAUCAAAAAUAACCAAACCUCAACCACGUAAAAAGAAACAAUGUCCUGAAUGUCAUUUAUUUUUUUCAAAUUUAUCAACUCAUAAAUCAAUUCAUUUAACACCAGAAAAUAGACCUUAUUUAUGUAAGAUUUGUGGUCGUGGUUUUGCAAGAUCAAAUGAUUUAUUUCGUCAUAAUAAACGUCAUUGGAAAGAAACUGGUUCUUCUCAAGGUGCUUUUAAAUGUCCAUUUAAUUCAAUCUUAUAUCAAAAAACUCAUCCUCAUCCACAUACACAUAACUCAGAUGAAUUUGAAGAAACUCCAUGUCAUCCAACAGGGAUUUUCUCUCGUUGUGAUACUUAUAAAAAUCAUUUAAAAGCUUUACAUUUUAAUUAUCCACCAGGUACCAAGAAAAAACAAAGAAAUGAAGUCCCUGGAAAUUGUAAAAAAUGUGGUAAAUGGUUUGAAAAUGUUGAUGUUUGGUUAAAUUUACAUAUUGAAAAUAAUGAAUGUGGUUGGAAUUUUGAUGAUAUUAACAAUUAG